CGCUGGCUUAGCGCUGCACGCAGCAAGCAGCCCCAGUGUGUCUCGACGGGAAGUUCUGGCGAUCGAUUUCUUCUCUCCCUCUGCUCGUAUAUCGCUUGACGCGCCGCGCCCCUUCGACAACGCGUACGCACAUACCACGCCGCCAGUUGAGUGCGACCCCUACGCGACAACGCGCACUCCGUUCCGUCCGAUUGCCGCCGCGUUAUUAUGAGCUUCCAAAGCAGCUCAUCGGGAUCGCCCGGGGUGGCGGCAGCCGCGCAGCAGCAACCGUCGCCGUCCUUACAACGCAGAGGUCGUCGCCGGUUCCCGGACGGGAUGGACCAGUCAGCAGGGCCCGGAGGAAACGCCAGCCCAGCUGUCAAGAAGACCACGGUGCUUGUCAUCGGAGCAGGUCUCAGCGGGCUGUCGGCUGCCAAGCUGCUGUCCGAACGCGGCGUUGACGUCACUGUCCUCGAAGCACGACAGAGGGUCGGAGGCCGCCUCUUCACUGUCAAGAACGACUUGGUUGGCUGGGUCGACCUGGGCGGCUCGUAUGUGGGCCCCACGCAGGACCACAUCUUGCGACUCGCCAGCGAGCUGCAGGUGGACACGUACAAGAUAUUCGACGACCUCAAGAGCCUGCACUUCAGCGAGGGCAAGGCGUACCCGUAUGAAUCUACGUGGGCCCACUUCGGAAUCAGUGAUCCUCUGGCGUGGUUCGACAUCAACUACGUCAUGCGUAAGAUGGACAUCAUGAUGGAGCAGAUUCCCGCCGUGGAUCCGUGGAACUGUCCACACGCUGCAGAGUGGGACGCCAUGACGCUGCAGAACUUCUUCGAGAAGGAGUCGUGGACUAAGGGCUGCCGCGACUACCUGAGCGCCCUGGCGCAGGUAAAUCUGGCUAGCGAGCCGAGCCAGGUGUCUCUGCUGUGGGCGUUGUGGUACACCAAGUGUUGCGGAGGGAACCGCAGGAUGUGCUGCAUCUUCAAUGGCGCGCAGGAAAGGAAAUUCGAAAACGGCUCCAUGACAGUGUGCGAAAGGCUCCUGCAGCUGCUAGAAGGUAAAGUCGUUUUCGACGCCCAAGUAUGCGACCUUCAGCAGGACGAGAAUGGGGUCGUCGUAGGCGUCAUCGAUGGCAGGGAGUUCCAGGCUGACCACGUGAUCAUGGCCAUCCCGUUGCCCAUUCAGCUGAAAGUGCACUACGAACCGCCACUGCCGUCACUGCGCAACCAGCUCAUACAACGUACGCCGGUCGGCUCGGCGUACAAAAUGAACAUCUACUAUACCAAGCCCUUCUGGAGGCAAAUAGGUUACGGUGGAACGGUGUCCUGCUGCGACGACGAACUGGCUUUCACCAACAGCACGGACGACUGCAGGCCUGGAUUGUCGCUGGCGGCUCUUACGGUAUUCGCCAUUGGUGACAAGGCCUUGAGACUACAGGCAUUACCGAAGCACGUCAGGCCCAAAGUCAUAGCUGCAGAUUUGGCGAGAGCCUUCGAACACGAAGCGGCCUACAACCCUGUGCACUUCGAAGAGAAGAACUGGCUCGAGGAGCAGUACUCGGGCGGCUGUUACGUGUCCACGUUCCCGACAGGGGUCAUGAGUAAAUAUGGAAAGACCCUUCGGGAGCCGUUCGGCCGGGUGUACUUCGCGGGCACGGAGACGGCGACCGCGUGGCCUGGCUACAUGAACGGCGCUGUGCAGGCUGGAGAGAGGGCUGCCCGGGAGGUCCUUUAUGCCAUGAAAAUGAUACGGAAAGACCAGAUCUGGGUGGAAGAACCAGAAUUCAAGGAUGUGGAAGCGCGGCCGUUUGAGUUGUCCUUCCUGGAGCGGCACCCUCCUCACGUGCUGCUCGUCGCCGCCACGGGAGCCCUCGCCGCGUCCGGCGUCUCUUGUGUGGCGGCCUACUGCGUCUGGAAGGCAGUCACCGCCCUGCGGAGGCCAUAGGCCGACUUAGAGGGCAUUUAGCAGAGAAGCAUCUUCGAGACACAUCACAGACCAUGGGGCCUCAUCACCACCAGACCAGAUGGCGAAUUCACCCCCGAAUAACUUUGUUGCCUCCUCGGGGCCAGUCAGAUAUACGACAUUACCUAAGAAGCCGCUGGUGGUGCGCUCCACUUGGGGGCCACCGAGAAUCCCAUCUCGAUGGUGGCCGGUCCUGCACGCUUGGCGAGUGAGGCACUUUUGAAACAGUAUACAGAGUUAUCGCAGAUCGGGAACUUUGCACUGCUGUACCAUUCGCGGAAAAGGCUCGACAGCAACGCGCAAGCACACCACCGUGUAUCCCACUCUUCUGCGCGUGCGCAAUGGCACCACUUCAGUGACGCACUUGUAGGUAUGCAGCACGUGCUUAAAUGACGUUCUGUUAUAAUCAGUAAUAGUACAGUUGUAGCAGUAGAAGAAUGUGGCUCUCCAGACAGCUGUAUCGGCAGGAGCCGGUUCUGCUCUAAUGGAUGAGAGGCAUGGCAUACGACGCGACGUCCGAUACAUUGUGGGACGAGAUUGAAGACUCUUGAAAUUUUAAUGAAAUAAGUUCGGAAAUGCUUCGACGGUUGUUGGUACGAUAGGUGGCACCUUAAACCGCGUGCGAAACCGUACCGUGCGGAGUAGGAGAGGAAGGAAAGGUAGGCAGUUCUGCUAUACCUAUAGACACAGCGGUGGGGGUUAAGGGAUGAAAAGAAAGAUAGGCUAGGAGCCGCAUUCGCCUGCUCAAAGCUGCUCCCGAAAAGACCAAGUUUCGUGGUACCGAGUCGGCGCAAGGACUUUAUUUACAAGACGCACAGCUGUUUAUGCCCAGAGCGCUCGGAACCAGUUUUACGCAACUGCAGUGGUGCCGAGUACCAUCUCUUGUAUUGGUCCUGCAUUUCCGACCUGCUAUAACUUUCAUUAGCAAUAUUAUUUGCACACGCCAAUCACACAUUGAUCGGUGCACGCUAUGCCCUUUCUGGACUUUGUACUGCAAAGCUAUGGCUGAGCUUCCGCCACUAAUUGAUCAAAUAAAUGUUUUCUUUGACAAAUGGCUGUCGAUAAAAGCGAAGGGUGAAAUAAGAUGGCGUCUUGAAAAUUACGCGCUGCGUGGAGAACCAAGCGGUGUAAGGAGCUGCGUAAUCCCUGUGUAAGCAGCUGCAUCUCUCCCUGAGGUGGCACAAAGAAGGAAGUUCCAUUGCUGCGAUCUCAUCGACUGACUUUUUGCAUGGAAGUCUCGGUUGUUCGUAGAAGUUUGCAACAAAGUAUUCCAAGGUGAAAAGCCUUUCCAGUUGGCAGAAAUAGUGGGCCUGCUAAUUAAAACAUGGCUCCAGGGCCCACAGUGAGCUCUUUGUGGUAGGCGAGUCACAGUUCAGUUGUACUUACAAUUGGUAACUUUUGAAAGUACAACAAAUCAUUUUUGUGUGUAUGUGGUGUGACAAUGGUAUAGUUUCUGCAGCCAUGAUUUUUGGCAAAACAAGUCUUUUAGAUCAUUGAUCACUGGAAAAAUAUAUUCAAGUGAGAAUUGUGAAUGUGCCUUGACUGCCUUUUAAGCUUACAAUUCCGUUUGUCUUAGAAUGUUCUUUCUCUGCACUGUUUGCAUUAUUUGAAAGAAAGUAUACUGUAUUUAGUGAUGCUCACGAAAACAGCUAAUUGGGCGCUGAACCAGUUUUACAAACAUCUGAAUUACCAUUUUAAUGGAGACAACCUUAUCUUUUACUGCAUCAAGUGAUAAUUAAAAUUUUCAAAUUCCGUGCAAAAAAGUUGCAUUUACUAAGGACCCACUGUAUUACUCAUAUUCAUAGCAACAAUACUGAAUCACAUUUGUGUUUAUGAAAUAAAUUGCAUGUUUUACUGCUCACUUAA